AUUACUUCUGCCAAAGAACGUCAAGCCAAAAACAUCAACCCUAACCAUGAAGAUCACAAUUUUCGUCACCGUCGUUUUGACCGCCGUCGUCGGAAUGGUUUUCGCCGACGACAGAUUCAAUAACUGGAACAACAACAAUGGAUGGGGAAAUGAUGACAACGGAUGGGGAAAUGAUGACGGAUUCGGCGGUGCAUCGUUCGGUGGCGCUUCAUUUGGCGGUGGUUCAGUUGGCGGUAUCGGACAUAUCAGCGGAGGUAUCGGCGGUGGAUACGGUCCUAGCUACGGUGCUAGUAUGGGCAGUGGAUACGGUGCUGGAUACGGCUCUGGUUACGGUUCUAGCUACGGAUCUAGCUACGGCAAAGUAAUGGCACAGGCUGCAUACAUUCCAGUCCCAGCAGCACCAAAGGCCGCCGGAGGUCUUGGAAUGUCCAUCUUGCCCCUGUUCUUCUUGUUGUUCCUUCUCCCACAAUUGUUCAACACCAACGCCAACCAAGACCAGAUUAUUCUCCUCAACUCAACAGUUUCUGGAAAAUAAACUAAACUUUGCCAAUAUUAUUCUGUGAUAUGUUCCUUUUCCUGUUUGACACAUACAGUACCUGGUGAUGUGCAGUGCAUUUGUAAUCUUGUCACAGUGCUAACAUCUGUUGUGUUUUGUAUUAUAUUAACUUAUAAAUUAUUAAAGAAAAAAUCUAAACAAAA